AAUGGAAAUGUACACAAUCAACAUUGAAAAAUAGAUUGAUUUCAAUUUACAAAAAAAUAGACAGCCUCUUGGUAGCGUCAUUAUCAAACAUAAUAACAGUUACCAUUGUAUUUUAUACUAUUUAUAUAAUUGCAAUUCACAAAUAUUGAAACAAAGAAGUGUCUUAACAUGGAACAUCCAUUACAUUUGAAGUUGGCUUCUAUGAGUCUUAUUUCUCAAUGCAAGUUGGAUAAUAUUCUAUCAGAAUGCGGUGAUAAGAAGGAUCUGAUUAUUGACCCCUCACUGAUCAAACCUUUAGAGCGAAUUUGUGGUGUCAGCUGGCUUAGACAACAUGGAAUUGACAAAAUUUAUAAAAUGGACCCACAACUCGGCUCAACAGCCAAUACAAGUCGUGUGUACUUUAUACCAGCAUGCAUAAACAAGUACAAAUGUGUCUUGGACCAGAUCUCCUCAUUACUAAGUCAAAACAGUGCUCUGGCAGAGUUGAAUUGUUUCCACAUAAUAAUAGUUCCAAAAGUCCUUGGUUGUCAUGAUUCUAUUCUAGAAAGCAGGGGGUUGUAUGGCAUCGUGAAGCUACAUCCCUUUGCUUGGGAACUCAUGGCAUUAGAUGAGCAACUGCUGAGUUUAGAACUACCAUUUCUUUACAAACAAUUAUUUGUCGAACAAAACCAUUCCUUGCUCUCAAGUAUUUCCAUGUCUCUGUGGAGUCUAUUCCACGUGAUUGGCAAACCAAAAGCAGUGUUCUCUUUAGGAAAGCUCUCUGCCAGUGUUCUUGAUAUGUUAGAGAUCUACAAUGAAACAUAUUCUAGAGAUUUUUUGAGUACUGAAUCAUCACAAGAAAUUGGAGCAGUUAUAGUAGUGGAUAGAAGUCAAGACUAUGCAUCUAGUUUGCUAACACCAGCUACCUAUAGUGGUUUGCUGAGUGAAAUAUUCAACAUCAACUGUGGUCAUUUAGAACUGAAUGUUAAAGAAACAAAAAUUAAAAAAGGCAAGCUCAACUUUGGAGGUGCAGAACAGAAUUCUGAAACCAAACAUACAAUCAUGAGUUUAGACAGUUCUAUAGAUAGUCUUUAUGGGGAGAUUAAACAUAGACAUUUUGCUGAAGUGUUCAGUGUUUUAAGUUCAAAAGCUAAACUCCUUAAGAAUGAAGAUAUUAAAGCACUAGGUAUACAGGAGAUAAAACAUUUUGUUGCCACCAAAUUGCAGCAAGUGGCGUUGUUUAAACAGAACUUAGUGAACCACGUGUUGGCUUGCGAGACCAUUAUAUCAGAAAUGAGCAACAAGUUUGAGAACUUGAAAGUAACUGAGACAGAGAUGUUGAAUAACAGAAACAAAAGAUCUAACUUCCAAUUUGUUGAUGAGAACUUUGGCACUGAGAUUCACAUUUACAAUAGUUUGCGCCUCAUGUGCCUGCUAAGCUUGACUCAAGGCCUAUCUUAUGAUGAGUACAAUUCACUAGUCAAUAAAUACUUACUGGCUUUUGGCUAUAAGUUCUUAUAUGUAUUCAAUAACUUAAUAAAUGCGGGAUUGUUGGUCCAGCCUUCGAGUCCUAAGUUAUCCUUGAACAUAUCAAACCUGGGCAAUUUGAGUGAUAGAUUGCCAAAAUGGCAAAAUGAGUUUCAGAGUACAGCUAGCAAGCUAAAACAGUUGCCGUCACAGCCAGAUAAGGUCGGGAAAUCGUCACCGAGUUAUGUUUUCAACGGCGGCUAUGUACCACUAAUGGCGGUAUUAUGUAACGCAUUGGUGACCUCAGAAUCUCUGAACGAAGUCCUCACGAAACUUUCAGUGUUGGACUUAAAAAUUGGCGGAAAAAUUCUGGAUAAAACGAAAGAUGGAAUUGCGACUUUGAAUGAGAAAUUAGAAAGUUUAAAACUGCAGAGUGGGGACUUGGAAUUUGGGUGCAAAGAUGCUAAAAGUUUGACGAAAAUACUUAAGAGCGAUCCGAAUUUCGGGAACACAUUUCCUUUAAAGCCAAAGAGUGUGUUGAUUUAUAUGAUUGGGGGAGUAACUUAUGCUGAAAUUGCUGCUUGCGAUGUGGUUCAGACUGCUACUGGGAGCAGGAUAUAUGUGGCAAGUGACUGUGUGGCUAGUGGCAGCGAACUUAUGAAUGCAAAUAUGUAGGUACUAGGUUCCUAUCUGAAAGGAUCCAUGUGUACAAAGACUAUUGAACAACAGUGCACUUGUUUUAUCUAGUGUAUGAAUCAUGUCGCGAACUUCACAUCCAGGGUCCACAGCACUAGUUCCGCGGCACGAAUUAUGUUGAGGGCUUCGACCAAUUGCUGUAUGAUGUUUAUCCACGUAGAUAGGAUUCGCUGCGUCAUGAUUUGUUUUUGUAAGAUAAAGUAACGCUACUUUAUGUACGUAUUUGUAAAUACUCAAAUGUAAUGUCUAUGUGCUUGUGUUGUUACUUGUACUUAGUUUUAAGAUUAAAAUUUUAAAACCUGACUAGAAAUAUAAAGACCUGGCCGAGGGGGCUGUUUUACUAUACAAAAAGAAAAUAGUUCUCGUUGUAAAAUGGCAAAGGUGUUUAUAUUUCCAGCAAAGCUUUAAAAUUACAAAAAAACUAUGUUAUUCAGGUUAAAUGUUUAUGGAGAACGAAUUUCAAAAUCAAACAAAUUUUCAAUAAAAUACUUUAUUUACA